AUGGAAGAGCCGAAGAAACGAAGAGUUGACUCUGAGUGCAGAAACUUCCAAGAAAAGUGGACAGAUCUGUACUUUUUUAUGCAACAUGAUAACAAGCCAACGUGUUUGAUUUGCAAAGAAAGUGUGGCUGUUUUUAAGGAACACAACAUUAAACGGCACUAUGAAACAAAGCACAAGAACAAGUAUGAUGGCAUCCUUGGUUCGAGCCGCACAGAAAAGAUUGCUAAGUUACGUCAAGAAAUUGGAGGCUUGACGAGAAUAUUUAGCAAGAAAAGACAAGAAAAUGAGGCGGCGGUAAUUGCAAGCUACCGAGUUGCUCACAUUUUGAGCAGAGAAGUGAAGCCAUUUUCCGACGGUGAAUGCGUAAACAAGUGCUUGCUAGCAGUGGUGGAGGAACUGUGUCCUGAAAAGAAGAAUGCACGGCGAGUGGAAGAUAUGGGGAAACAUCUCCAGUCAAAACUAAGGGACAAAGCAGCACGUUUCGAAAUGUUUUCUAUUGCCGCUGACGAGUCAACCGACUCAUCUGACACCGCUCAACUCUUGGUAUUUAUUCGCGGUACAAACAGCGAUUUUGAACUUACAGAAGAGUUAGCGGCCAUGAGGGGCAUGCACGGGAACACCACUGGCGAAGACCUGUUCAAAGAAGUUUCAGCCGUAAUAGAGGGUCUUGCUCUUCCUUGGGAAAAAUUAGUGGGAGUGACUACCGAUGGUGCCAGAAGUGUGGUUGGAUGCCACAGCGGACUGGCAUCAAGGGUUAUUAGAAAAGUCGUCGAGUCUAAUGGAACCGAGCCUCUGCGGCUUCAUUGCAUUAUUCACCAGCAAAAUCUCUGUGGCAAGGUGUUGAAUCUGGACCAUGUGAUGAAGAGCACUGUAAACUUCAUCAGAUCACAGGCGUUGAACCACAGAACUUUCAAGGAAUUUUUGACAGAAAUAGAAUGCGAAUAUGAAGACGUUUUCUUUCACAGUGAAGUCCGCUGGUUAAGUCGAGGAAAUGUACUUAAACGGUUUUUUGAUUUGAGACAUGAGAUUGACAUUUUUAUGACGGAGAAAUCAAAGCAAGUGCCUCACCUGAACGACCCCUCGUGGCUGUGGGAUUUGGCGAUUUUAUGCGACGUCACGUGACAUCUGACUGAACUCAACACCAAACUACAAGGGAAAGACAAGUUGAUUUCGCAUGUGCAUGCGGACAUCACAGCAUUUCAAGCUAAAUUACUACUCUUCAUUCAGCAGGCGGUAAGGGUGCAUCUUGUCCACUUCCCAACGUGUACAUCUCUACGUCAGGAUCAGCAACUACAUACGUCUUUCCCCAAAGCAAGAAUGAUACAACUUCUGGGGCUCUUGAAGGAUAAUUUCAGUGAAAGAUUUAAGGAUUUUCAUGAUUUGAAGGAUGAAAUACGUCUCUUCAAAAAUCCAUUUGCGGCAGAUGUGUCAA